AUGUUAGACACCCAUCAUAUAGUUCCUUUUGAUGAGACAUACAUUCUCUAUGACCCAUCGGACCCACUCUCUCUUGUCUGUGUGAUUUUUUCACUUUUACCAAUCGGGGUUCUCAUCUUUUAUUUUACUUGGUUCAUCACCUCAAGAGAGUUAGAGCCGGUAUUUUUAGCCUUUGGCCAGGUAUGUAACAAUGUUAUCAACUACGUGGUGAAGAGAUUGGUCAAACUGCCGCGGCCUUUGAGUUUAUAUCAAUAUACCGAAUUCCCAGAACUACAAAAUGACUAUGGGAUGCCAUCUGCUCAUUCGCAAUUCAUGGGGUACUUUGCAACAUAUGUGUUUUUGAGAUUGUUAUUGCAGAAUACAAACCUCAAGACCUUGCGGGGUAGACUUUUUUGCGGAAUCUUAUUGUACUCUGCUUGUUGCCUCACCGCUUUCUCCAGAGUGUAUUUGUUGUACCAUGAAGUUGACCAAGUAGUGAUUGGUGUAUUGGUUGGCAGUGUUAUUGGUGCCGCUUAUUUCAUUGUAGUUUCUUUUGUUAGAGACAUCGGGUUGAUUGAAUGGGGGUUAAACUUGUGGUUUGUCAAGUGUUGGUAUAUUAAGGAUUCUUACUACUGUGCCAUGAGCUACGAAGAGGAGUACCAAUUAUACCUUGAAAGAAAGAAAAAGGCCCGUCCUGGUGUGAUACAAACCUCAAAGAAAUUAAAUUAG